GGGCUUGUAGUUCCCGCUGCGGGCGGGGGCAUAGCAGUUGCCAGUCGCUCUCCCCAUCCAGGCUCUCGCCUCCCGGCUAGCCUUCCGCGUCAGCGAAAGGUGAACCUGUCCGGCCCCUCGGGGCCCGUCCCACCCCUUCCCAUCAGCAGCCGUCGAGGAUGCGCUGACUCUGUGCAGUCAUGGCCUCGGCAGGAGCCGAGAGACGACCAGGGGCCCAAAAGGGGACGGUGGAGGGGCCUGCACCGCACGCAGAGGCGUCCAGUGGCGGUGCUCAGAGCUCUGAGUGUCCAGUGAUGGGAAACCAGUGCUUGGUGUCAGCCCAUGAAGCCUGUGGGACCCAGAGUGAAGACAAAUGUCCAACAGGACCAGCCUCAGAGGCAGAGCUCCAGGAGGAACCACUUAAGAUGGAGGAAGAGAGGCUCAAGCCAGAGGUGGAGGCACUAGAGGAGAGAAGCCCCAGGCCUAUGGCCUCCAUUGUGAAGUCCAGCCAUGGUCCGAAGAGGAAGCCAGUCAACCUCCCAGGGCCUAGCCACCAAGCCCAUCCUAGGGCUGAAGCUGAGCUGCUACAGAGGCUGCCGCAGCAGAGGAAGAACCCGGAGGGUAGCCAGAGUGAGCCCUCACCAUCUGCCAAACAGCACAAAAAAGCCAAGAAGCGCAAGAGCCUGGGGACUCCAGUGCUCCCAGCUGUGGCCAGCAUAGUAUCUGCACCCUCAGAGACCUUGGGGCUAGAGGGAAAGGGCCAGCGCCUACGGCCACUGUACCAGUACAUCAACUAUUGCAAUCCUGAGCUGAACCAGGCAGGGGAGGGGGACAGGGAGGCUGAGGCCGAGGUGGAACCUGAGGGGGAGCUGACCCUGGUCCCAGAGGAGACAAGUGUGGAGCAACUGCCAGCCUUGUUGCCUGUGGCAGGUGAGCUUGGCUCAGGCCUCACUUUGCCCUGCCCCAAUAUAUUCGUGCUCCCUACCCAUGUUAUGGUUCCCUUGGUAGAGGAGGCUGGCGAGGAAUCGGGGGGUUUGCCCAGCUUGGGGAUUAGCAGCCGCCUCAAGGCUGAGGUGGAUAAGUCAACUCAGGUGGACAUCAACAAGAUGCUAAGUGUCUGUGCUGCCCCACUUGUACCCCCACUUUCUCCUCAGUAUAAGUGACUGUCCUACCGCACUGGUGGCUCCCCUCCCCCCAAGCCUGAACCACAGCAGCAGCCUAAGGGCUUAAGCCCUCAGGUGGAACGGGGGUAAUUCAGCCUCUGCCCCCACUUGGCACCUUGCACUUGCUGAAAAUAAAUGUUUUUCCUUUUCUCAGACUUUGACUCCCCAAAUAAGAUACCUGAAGAGGGAGAGGCUGGGAAGAAGGGUGGAGGAUUCCCCAGUGCAGGGUUUGAAACUUGACCGGUCAUUUGGAUCACCUAGGAACUCGACAAAAAUGUAGAUUCCUGGAUACUACCUCAGACUGAACUGAAUCAAUCUGUGGGGGUGGGGCCUCUUUCUGUGCAUUUGAAGUCUCAGAUGAACCUGAAGUUUGGACAGGAUAAUGGUGGGGAUAGAGAGGGAGGUGAUGAGGCACUUGGAGCAGAGAAAGGAAAGGGACUGUCAGGUCAGGGGAAGCAGGUGCUUGGCCUUGCUGUCUUCCAGGGAAGGAGUCUGCAUUUGGUCUGACCUCAAUGAGACCAACACUUGGGAUCUUCCCUUCUGAGUUGGCAAAGUUCAUUCCCCAAGAGUGGCAGCUUUGGGACGCUUUCCACUUAUUGUUAGACCACAGCUGGAUCAAACUUUGCCCUCAGAGUGGCCCCUGGUGACAGAGACAUCAGUGCCUUUUUCCUGGCAGGCAGGGGGUGGUGGUGAUGGUGAAUGGUUUCCUUGGAGCCCUGAGGCCAAGCCACCAGCAGUCUUCUCACCCCUCAGGGGUCUCUGGGAAGAGGUGGCCAGUGCUGGCCAUUUGGAAACCCUAAUUUCAUGCUGCCUCCUGGUCCUACUGCAUGUCCCUCAGAUACCUUAGAAACAGAGAAUUUCAAAUUAAAUAAUUUCUCCUCCCUCCAACCUGCUUUUCCUCCUGUAUCUCAUCUGCACAAUCAUUCAAGCCAAAAUCCUGGUGUCCCCCCAGGCCCCAUCCUGUUCUUUGCUUGUGGACGCCUACAAGCUAAUCAAGCAUCAAGGCCAGUGAACCUGCUACACACACAUCCAAACCCCUGAUGGUGUUGCUCCCCCUCUAGUACCCUGCUCCUCUUACCACAGCUGCCUUGUAACUUUUCAG